GCGUGAACCCUCCAGCAUGGCCUGCUGCUGACCGCACCGCCCGACAGUGGCCGCCCGAGCUCCUCUCCGCCAGGCCCCCGCCAUGCGGGUGGCGGCCACCAGCUGCAAGCGGAGGGUGGUCUCUCUUCUGCUGGUGCUCCUGCUGGCCCACCUGCUCCUGCUCCUGCUGCUCCGCCGCGGUGACCAGCCGCCCCCUGCUGCUGCCUCUGCUGCUCCUGCUGCUGGUGAAGCUGCACCGCCUCCUGCCCUCCCCCACACCAGGCUUCUUGGAAGCCCCAGGCCGGGGGAGUCACCGUGUGUGGGCGUGGGCGGAGGGACACCAUGGGCGUGGCAAGCGGUCUACACUGUUGUUAUUGAUGCAGGAGCCACAGCCACCCGCGCCCACGUCUUCUCCUUCAAUUACCUAAGUUUUUUUGUUAAUUUAAUAUUUAAUCUAUCUCUCCUUUACAUGCCGUUAUCAUCAAUGACUGCCAUGGAACCUCCCGUGACCCCGUGUGACCCCGCUGCUGCUGCUGCUCCUCCCACAGACAACACUUUCCUGCUGCAGAAAGAAGACUACUUUCAAGAGGACGACAGUCUUCUGCACUACGUCCACGCCCCCCAUCAGAUGCGCGCCCUGCUGGUACCUCUACUGAGGCGUGCCCGUGCCGUGGUGCCCGAAGAGUACGUCAAGCACACGCCUCUCAUCCUGCGCGCCACGCCCUCCCUGCGCCGCCUUCCCCGCGCCCACGCCACCAGACUCAUACACGGGGCCCGGAAAAUAGUGACGCGGACGCCGUUCAUGGUGAGGAGAGAACACGUCACCAUCAUGGCGGGUCACGACGAGGCGGCUGACCUGUGGCUGGCGGCGAACUUCCUUACUGGUCGCUUGUAUCAGAAUAAGAGCUUGCCACUGGCUACAGCAGAGCUGGGGGGCGGGACUCUCCAGGUGACUAUACCUCUGCCAGGCCCGCCAGAACACAUAAGAAGAGCUAUAGAAAAGAGAAGACAAGAGAGACUGAAACAAGGAGACAGAGAAGGCGGCGGUGGAAGGCUGAAGCCCGGUGACGGACACGAACUAAACGGCGAUAUAAAAAAGAAUGUAAAUAAUUCACCGCAAAAAUACCGUAGUGAUAAUGAUAACUGGAGUGACACGUCCGGUAGAGGGACGCCUCCGGGUGAUAAGAGAGGGGGCGAGGAUAAACAAGAGAAGAGGCAACACGGACGAGGGAAGGGGAAUGAUGGCGUGAAGAGUGAGGCAGAUAAUGGGGUGAGUGCAGCACGGGGAGGGACGAGGAGUGUUAGAGUGGCAGGUGAGGGGCAGGUGAGGGAGAUGGUGAUGAUGAGGAGAGGACAGGAGGUGGUGGAGAGAGGACGCAAGGAGGAGGAGGAGGAGAGAGGACAGGAAGAAGCGCAGGAGGCUAACCAAAACGAUAAAACAGAUGAGAGCGACUCUAGAAGAGUCUCCUCAACGCCAGCUCCUCCGAGUGCGACACACUUGAGUACAUCAAGUGCGACACACUUGAGUACAUCAAGUCUUCGCGUCCAAGAGCAUCAUCCUCACCGUCACCAAAGUGGCGCAGAAAUCCAAGAUAUCCACGAGAACCUUCAGACUAGCGAGGUAAGAUAUCAAAUAUAUAAUGGACUUAAUAGUCGAGAUAAUUUAAGUAAUUCUUCUGCUGGUGUGCGGCAAAACAUGAGCAGUCGAAGAAGAGGGGAACAGAGGAUAAAAGAAGAGAAUAGGCAAAGUGGGAGAGACUCGGAGAGUCCUCAGGCAGUGACAGGGGAUGAGACCAUCUCAGGAUUAACGCCUCGCUUACCAGGAGCAGGAAGGGACCAGGAAGGCCGAGAAGUAAAGGCAGAUAAAGGGGAACAAGAAGAACCACCUGGAAAAGCUGUUGUAAAUAAAAGCCGCAAACAGGAAGAACAAUAUUCAGGGAAGGACAGACAAGAAGAAACACCCGAAAGGUUAAAAGGAAGCUCGUCCAGCCUGCACGGCUCUCCAGGGAUAUCCAAGGGGAUUAGACAAGGGCAGCCGUGGACACAGGGAUCUCUGGAUGUAGCCCAAGACACAUGGGCCGUGAAGGAAGCCGACGAUUCCAUUGGCUCCAGCACCAGAGAAAGUCACUCACACCCUCGAGGAUGGAGACCUCUUCCUCGUGCGAACGCGUCACGAAUAAAAGUGCAAAGAAGGCGACAGAGAAAAGGACAUAAAAAAAUAAACCAAAAGAAACCAGAGAGAAGAAAAAAAGUAACGGAUCCCUACAUAGGCACUGGGGCAACAACUCCACCCGAGAUCGGUUUAACGAAUAAUAAUAAUACCAAUUCACCCAGACAUCCUUCAGCAACUCCACGUGCCACGUCUCCUCCUCCUUCCUCCCGAGAGGCGUUGACUGCAGCUGCACGGGAAGCACGGCGAGGAUCACCAGAGGAUAAUCACAGAUCCCAUGGGAUGAGCACUACAACUGCAACAUGGGAUGAGGGAGUCCAGCUAGACCGUCAUACUAGUCUUGUCAAUACGCUACACACUGACUCGCUCCCAGCACGAACACAUUCUCUCAACAGCAAUCACAAUCAAAGGGCUGCAGAAUCUCCAAGCAUCACCUGGCAGGACAGCGAAAGAAGCCACAGGAAGGAUCCCAGAAAAGGAAGAUCUCAGGAGAGAAAAACAACGGCACAUGAAAUGGGUUCGACGACGUCCGAACCCCCGAGGGGACGUCAGGGUGAUGUGGUGAUUAUUGGAGGAACCUCACACGCUUCACACCACACCACGGAGGGUGAUAGCGUCAUUGCAUAUUUAAAAGGAACUGAAGAGAGAGAUAAUCGUGGAGAGAGAAACGAAAUGAGGUCCUCUAAGGGUGGGACAGUGAGGGAAACUGGGAAGAAAGACCUGAAUGACAACACGACGAUAAACGAAGAGAAGAGAGGUAAUGAAAAGAAUGAAGACAGAAACCUAAGAAGAAAAAGAAGAAAAUAUGGAUAUCGCAGUGGACGAAGAACUCACUAUGACAGACGACAAGAAAGACAGCAGCACAUUGCAAAUAUAAGGCCUGCUGGAUGGGGACUUCAAGACACACGACCUCCAGAAGUGCUCAACUCGACCCGCAUUCACACUCCUCAGGAAGUAAGGCCAACAAUAAGAGCCAGCGAAGCAGCAGCAGCAGCAAGGAAGAGGCCAGAUGGGUUUACACGUCGCCGAGCUUCCAGGCGGGGACAGGGAAGGCUGAUGUCCCCGAACACCCGCAAACAUUCUCACACAAUAAACAGAAACAACAAUCAUUAUUCACUGAAGCCAUCAGGUGGAGCAACUCCUGUCUUGGGAGAUGGCCAGAUGCGAUUACCGCCGGGAAUGAAGGGUCCACAACACGAAGGGACUGAACAUCAAUCUAAAUCCCUCGCGGGAAAAAACAGAAAGCGCCAAGCUGAAAAUUCUUUACAAAUAGAGUGGAGUGUGAGAGGAGGAGGACAAGCCUUGUCACUCGGGGUACCAGCAAAUGACGUCAUCAUCGUCGACGUCGACGCUCAAGAAAAUAAAAAACUGGCCAAAUUCUCAGAUUAUUCCAUGAAGUCAGACACUCGGCAGCAUCCUCGUCGUCUGCGUCACUACCGUCGCCUUCACCGACGCUGGAAAACAUUACAGGGACGAAAGGCAAGGGGCAACACGAGGGCUCAACAAAAGAAGUUUUAUGAACCACAUCGGUUUUCAGGCCCCGCCGAGGGUAGAGAAUCAGCCACGCGAAGAAAAAGCGAUCGAAGAAACAGAAGACAAUUAGCUAAUCCGUUUCUUGUGGCAAGUGAAUGGCCAGAUAACCUCCAGAACCGCUAUUUCACUGGGCACCUCUCAACAUCUCCCCACACAAGGAAGCAGAAGCUGAAAGCGAGGAAAGACAUUAAGGAAUCAUUGGAAUAUAAAAAACUAGCAAAAAAGAAAGACAUUAACACACGAUUAAAUCAGAUACUAAAGCACAGGAGAAAGCGUGAGACGAUGGGAGAAUCUCGCGACAAAUCCCAGCAAAUACCUCGAAAUGCAAGAGGCUGGAGAAAUGUCAGCAAAUCUGCCCGAGAAAAGAAGGGGGAUCUAAGGUGUAAAGAGCGGGAAGCCCUUGCCUUGAUAAAGGAACAUCGUGGAACCAAGGAGAAAUUAAAGGAAUCUAGCAAACCGGGAGAGCACUGCCAGAACACUGAGAGCCUACCAUGGAUGGCGGAGAUGGCUGGUAGCAGCUGCAAUGACUCGAAAGGAUACACCAACCAAAGCCUCCUCCAUCCCCCGGUAGAAGCACCUCAAGGGACGACGCCGCACACCUCUCCGGAGAAUCGUCGCCAGAACAAAACAGUGCUUAUAGGUAAUGGGGCAGGCGCCGCGAUGAGCGACCAUAGAACAAGACGAGAACUGAGAAAUCUCUUCGAUGCUCCCAACAUCACAUACCGCUGCUCGCCUUUACAUAAAUACUGGCUCUUCGCCUCCAGCGUGCCUAUGGGUGUUUACCCCGUGCGAGUAAAGGUGCUGCAGCGUGGGAGCCUCAUCCGUCUGGGCCCCGGCCCCGCGGGAGUCCCCGGGGAAGCUGGCCCCACCACCCUGCCCCCGCCCACCACCACCCACCACCGCUCCGAUAUCCCACCUGAGGAAGAAUACACAGAGCUUAAUAAUAACACCAGCGAUGCUGACCCACAGCCUCAGCCUACACGCUCUAGCAGCGCCUCUCCCUCUACUCCAUCAAGCACCUCCAGUGCCUCCCCCAAGGGGCCCCCGACGCCUCCCAGGCCUCCACACACUCCGCCGAUGAGAAUAACCAGCAAGUGGAUGGAGGAGACGUUGGCGAAGGUUAAGACUGUGGUGGACUCAAUCCUUCAGUCAAUAGGAUCGGCAAGGGACGAGCAAGAGAAGAAGAGGGACGAGAGACUUAGAAAUGUUACUGUAAAUAAAGGAGGGAGGCUAGGAAGAAGAGGAGACACCGAAGAUGUGCCUCAACAAGAACGCUUCGCAGGGAGAAGGGAGAGAGCGAGAAGGAUAAAGGAUAGACAAAAUAGUAGAAGGACGGGACUAGUGGAAACACCGAAUGAAGCUGCCGACGGGGAGAAAGAUAAUGGUGCUGAUAGGGACGACAUCAAUAGUCCGGAGGAGAAGAAUGGUGACAGGGGAAGAGAAGGGGAAACGGAAGGUGAAGGAAGAGGAGCUUCACCAGACAAGGCUGGAAUGAGUGGUGAUGUAGAGAAGAGUGGAGGAGACACGGUCGGGAAGCCUAGCAGCUACAACAACAGGCUGGGUUACAACGUGAAGCCCGCGAGGGGCACUGGGACUCCCGUCCACUCCAGUACCAGCUGGCGAAGACAACCAAAGAAUCGCCGAGGUUCUAUACUAGGUGCUCAGGACGAAUCUAAAACUAUUUCCGGGUUAAGUUACGAUAAUGUAAAUAGGUCUAGUGACGACAGUACAUCUAGAGCAUUGACUAACAGCAGCAUGACAUCUGACAGUGAUAGCUUUUCUAGUUCUGAAAGUGACAGUUCCCCUAGACCCGAAAGUAAUAUAAAAUUGAAUAAUAGAAAUACUUCAAGAACUGCUGAUCACAAUAUUACUUACUCUGGUAACACAAGUUCUGCCAGUGACGUGGCUCAGAGUAGAAGUUUCUAUAAAUUAAGUAGUCAAAGUGAAUCUAAUGGUGAUAAUGCCACAGUUUCUAGUAGAAACAAACAAAGUGCUGUUAGCCACGAUGGUGGACUAUUUUCUGCCAGAAAAAGUUCCUCUUUUUUCAGCGUUAAAGGCAGCGGGGGCGGGACCGUCGCUGCUAUUAAUAGUAGUAGUAGUAGUAUUAGUAGAAGUAGUAGUAGUAAUAAUAAUAAUAAUUCGACUGCACCUGCCACAGAGCUCAAUGAAGACAAACAGUUGCCACUGGGUACCGACCCAUCGUCCCUUGAUAAUACUAAUAAAGCAAGAGCUGUGGAUAGUGAAGCCAAGCCCUCCAAACAAGCCAUCUCCUCAGUCACAGACCUCCUCUUCACCGUUCCCAACGAGAGAGUUAUUAAGCCUGAGAAGAACAGCGAAGUUCAAAGCGAAAUAAAAUCUACUGAGAAAUUAAUCCGGACCUCCUUAGAGGGUCUGUUGUUCCGUGUUCCCGACGGUGGCAGUAGGCAGCCUCCAAGGGAAGGCGCCGACACGGCCACUGCAACCAACGUUGAAGGGACCUCGACGGACGCUGCUACUUCGUCAGGCGCACCACAGGUACACAAGCUGAGUGGUCCCCAUGCCAGCGUGGCUACCGCUAGCACAAGCGUCAAUGAUCACUCAAGUGGCACCUUAGGGGAGAAAACCAGUCAAAGCGAACGAACUGACAGUUCGACAACCUCACGACCGGGACUAAUAAAUGAUUUAGCCUACCAGGCAAAAAAUAAUAUAGAAAACGAGGUGCCAUCUUCUACCACAGAAAAUGAAAUGUUGUGGGGGGACUCUGCGGGACAGAACCUCGAUCACAUGUUGCGUACCACCUGUCUUCCAGUUGGCUCGAUCGGCAGGUUCAAAGUUGAGGACGUGACCUACCUGGUGACGGGCAUGGGUGCGGGUGCAGGCGCCGAGGACUGCUGGAGAGAGGUCACGGACGUGGUCAAGACGCACAUAAGGCUGCCCCCUCUCAACCACACAACACUACUUGCAACAACCGCCUUUUAUUUUGUGGCUGCCAGCGCUAAUUUGAUUGAGCCGAAUAUGGCCUAUGGUUUCGUACGGGUUGGACAGUUCCGAGUGGCAGCCAAUAUCAUGUGCGCGCGCGAGCCCCGCCUGCUGCCUGACCCGCUGGCCUGCCUCGACUACCAGUAUGUGGCUGCGCUUCUUACCCACGGCCUCCACCUCGCCGACGACACAGAGAUACUGGUGUGUGAGAAAAUCCAGGGGUUCCGCCUGGGCUGGGCGCUCGGGGCAGCGCUCGACUACCUCCAGACUCACUGAACAGCGGCAGAAGCGGCAGCAGCAGCAGCGGUGACGGCUGGCUCCAACCAACCUGCAGGAGCCCUCGGACUUUGCCAUGGUCGCAUUUCGACGCCCGGGUACAUCACCGUCAACUCCCACGCACCCUGUGAGGUCACUGUCAGCACAACGGGUGAAAGCCGUCACUGUCAGGUCACUGUCACUUUCAGUGAAAGGUCAUUGUCAGCACAGCCUUCCGAAAUCUCCUUAGCUUCCGCUAGUCAAAGGAGGUUUCCCUGAAGAAGCUGGGUGAGGCAGCUCCUAGCUUUCAAAACAAAAUAAAGUUUAAGAUUUUCCACACCAUUCUACAAUAUAAUUGAAUAAGGUCCUCAAAAACUUCCAGAACCCAAAAAUGUUGUUGUCAUCAGUAAGCUUCUCAGUUCGAGAUCUGUGCUGUGUUAAAGUGAACCCAAGGUGGAGAAAAAAGGGAAUAGGUUCUCAAAUUGUUCAAAAUGAACUAGAGGGCAUAGCAGGGUCGGUCCUCGUUGUGGGGGCCUCCUGGUACGACCCGAGAUGAAAUUCUUGGUACCUCUACAUUUUGGAAUGGAACAAAAUUCAAGGACUGUAAGAGAGUUAAAUUUAGACAUCUUCACCACCGUUCCCAUUGUGAUAGAGACCAACAUGGCGCCAUUGACGCUAGCAGGAAGUAACCCCCAAGUGUGGUAAUCUCCAUGAGUACACACAUCACCAGAAUUAAGAGGUUCAGGUCACUAGACAUGAGGGGACGAGGUCACCUCAACCCACGUCAGAGAAAACAUAUGUUACCAUAGUUAUAGGUUACCAUUGAAUAUUUCUGGCUCCCGUUAUCACCAUGGUCAUGGUCAUAUUCACUAGGCCGUAGUACUCAUUCACCUUCACGCACAGCCACUCACUAUCGCACCAGCUGUCAUGUUCCCACUCGCCACACCUCGUCAUCUUCCUCGCCUCAUUACCUAACAUAUAAUUAUCUGUACCUGUCACGACCCUUCAGCCUCCGCCUCUAUCUACACCAACGUCGAACACCA